AUGUUCGCAACCAACACAAAGCCUUAUCACCUCCCUUUCGAUGCGACAUGGUUCAUCACUGGAUGUUCAAGUGGCAUAGGCAAAGCCCUUGCACAGCACGUCGCAAGCAAGCCUUCGCAUCGGUUGGUCGCAACCGCGAGAAAGCUAACUGACCUUGCCUAUCUUUCUGGCAAUGAGUCCAAUAUUCUGAAGCUUGCGCUCGACGUCACAUCGCCCGACGCCGUCAGCCACGCCUUCAAGAUAUCUGUCGAGCAGUUCGGUACCAUCGACGUGCUGGUCAAUAGCGCAGGCUAUGCGCUCUCAGGCGAUACAGAGUCCGCCACCGAGGCUGAGUACCACGAGAUCAUGGAAACGAAUUUUUUCGGCACGGUGCGAACCACUCUUGCUGCUCUCCCGCACAUGCGCGAGGGCAAUAGAGGCGGGUUGAUCAUGAAUAUCUCAUCUGUCGCAGGUGUGUGCGCGUUUCCUGGACACGCCUUCUAUCACGCAUCUAAGCACGCCGUCGAGGGCUGGACAGAGUCUGUUGCGAAAGAAGUCAGUCAGGAUUGGGGGAUAGCGUUCUGCAUCAUCGAGCCUGCCGCUGUCAAGACCAAUUUUGAAGGGCACAGCAAGAAGAACACUGCACCGCAUCCAGCGUAUGCAGACCCUAAGAUGCCAACGAGGAUGCUGCAGAAAUACGUUGAUGCUGGUUUGAAGCAGGGGGUGGGUAUGGAGCAAGAGGAGGUAGCGAGGGUGUUAUACGAAGUUGCGAGUAAAGGAGAGAAGGUACCACUUCAUCUGCCAUUGAGCAUGAAUGCUUUUGGCUUGAUCAAGGGGGCGUUUGAAGGAAGAUUGAGAGCGCUAGAUGAUGUUGAGGAGGUCAGUGGGAGUUUGAGCUGA